AUGUCUGCCACGACGGAAUUCGACUUCGAAGACCUGCUGUUCGCGGCGUCGCGCGGCGAGGAGCGCGGGCGGCAUGCCGGGGACGGGGACGCGCCGCCGCCCGGCAGUCAGGAGCCCCAGCGGGGCGCCAGGGAGGCGACGCACCGAAGGCAGAUAUCCGCGCUGUCGGCGGCGAUGUGCGCGGAGAGCCUGCGGGGGCUGUCGCUCGACGACGGGGACGACGCGACCACGGCGGAGGACGAAGCAGACCAUGUGGCUCCCGCUGCGGGGAGCAAGACUGCAAGGCGAAAGUCGAUCGCUUCCCCGGCAGACGCUCUGCCCAACGACGGCAACUGCCUCACCAAGUGCCCCAGCGACGGCACCCCUCUCAGCAAAUGGGCGCGCAUGGAGGGCUCCCACCCUCUCAGACUGGGAAGCUCUGCUCCAGUGAGCAUCCCGCACGGGGCACACACAUGGACGAGGACCCAAGAUGCCCUGUCUGAAGUAGAGGAAGAGGAAGAUGGCCAGCCAAAGGCCACCACGUUUGUGCCGCCCCAUUUGAUGGUGGACAAGCCUGCAAUUCAGUUCUCUCUGCACGGGAGCACUGCUGAAAAGAAAGCCAAGCUGAGAGCCAGGAACACUAUUCUGCAGAUGACUGGCUUCCUUGAGCCGGCAAGGGCUACAGAAAAGGGUUGGAACCACGCUGUGGAGCCACCAGCAGAUGCAGACAGUGGGUGGAACCGCAGCGUGGGCAGGGCCAUCAGGGCACCAGGAGCGCUGACCAAAGAGUUCAGUGUGACCAAGUUGGAUAGCUUAGACAAGUGA